CGCGGGGCCCUUUUCCGCAGUGGCUGCGGAAGGCGCCGCCCCGGGCCCUUUCUUUCCCCCGGGGCAGCGGGCACGCGCCACUCGGGGUGACCCGACCGCCGGGCGCUAGCGCCGUGAUCCUGCCGCGCCGAGGAGCCUUCCUCAUGGCCGCGCAGCGCAGCCCCUCCCCCCACCGCGCGCGGCCCCGGGCCCGCCCGCCUCAGCCAACGCGGCCAGGCCCAGCCCAGGCCCUGCGGCGUUUCUUCCCCGCCCAGCGCAGCGGGACCCGCCCCCUCCUGGGCCAGGCCUGGUUCGGCCGGCGGAGCCGGGCUGGGAGGCGGGGGUUUCAGUCGGAGGAUCGCAGUGGAAGGCGCCCAUGGAGGACACUGACUACUUCGGCGGCAGCGCGGCGGAGUGGGGGGACGAUGCGGAUGGCGGGGCGCAGGAUGAUGAGUAUGGAGAAGGAGAAGAUGAUGCUGAAGUCCAGCAAGAAUGUUUGCAUAAAUUUUCCACUCGAGAUUAUAUAAUGGAGCCCUCUAUAUUUAACACUCUAAAAAGGUAUUUCCAGGCAGGUGGCUCUCCAGAAAAUGUUAUCCAACUGCUGUCAGAGAAUUAUACUGCAGUGGCACAAACUGUAAAUCUACUGGCAGAGUGGCUCAUUCAAACAGGUGUUGAGCCAGUGCAGGUUCAGGAAACUGUAGAAAACCACUUGAAAAGUUUACUCAUCAAACACUUUGACCCUCGGAAAGCAGAUUCCAUCUUUACAGAGGAAGGCGAGACUCCAGCCUGGCUUGAGCAAAUGAUAGCACAUCCUACAUGGAGAGAUCUUUUUUACAAACUGGCUGAAGCCCAUCCAGACUGCCUGAUGCUUAAUUUUACUGUCAAGCUUAUAUCUGAUGCUGGUUAUCAAGGGGAAAUAACCAGUGUAUCAACAGCAUGUCAGCAAUUAGAAGUCUUUUCUCGAGUGCUACGUACUUCUCUGGCUACAAUUUUAGAUGGAGGGGAAGAAAACCUUGAGAAGAACCUCCCAGAGUUUGCGAAAAUGGUUUGCCAUGGAGAACACACAUAUCUCUUUGCUCAGUCUAUGAUGUCCAUAUUAGCCCAAGAAGAGCAAGGUGGGUCUGCUGUGCACAGGAUUGCUCAGGAAGUUCAGCGAUUUGCUCAUGAGAAAGGCCACGAUGCUAGUCAGAUUACUCUAGCCCUGGGUACUGCAGCCUCCUACCCUCGAGCAUGUCAAGCGCUCGGUGCCAUGUUAUCCAAAGGAGCUCUGAAUCCAGCAGACAUCACAGUCCUGUUCAAAAUGUUUACAAGCAUGGACCCACCUCCAGUAGAACUGAUUCGAGUACCUGCCUUUCUGGACCUUUUCAUGCAGUCACUAUUUAAGCCAGGUGCUAAGAUCAAUCAGGACCAUAAACACAAAUAUAUCCACAUAUUAGCAUAUGCAGCCAGUGUAGUGGAGACAUGGAAAAAGAACAAGAGAGUGAGCAUAAACAAAGAUGAGCUCAAAUCGACUUCAAAAGCCGUUGAAACUGUUCACAAUCUGUGCUGCAACGAAAACAAAGGAGCUUCAGAGCUGGUUGCAGAGCUGAGCACCCUCUAUCAGUGCAUCAGGUUUCCUGUGGUGGCAAUGGGUGUAUUAAAGUGGGUGGACUGGACAGUGUCAGAACCACGAUAUUUUCAGCUUCAGACUGAUCACACUCCAGUGCAUUUGGCAUUACUAGACGAGAUCAGCACAUGCCAUCAGCUGCUUCACCCCCAAGUUCUGCAACUUCUUGUCAAGCUUUUUGAAACGGAACACUCCCAGCUUGAUGUCAUGGAACAGCUGGAAUUGAAGAAAACCCUUCUGGACAGAAUGGUUCACUUACUCAGUCGGGGAUAUGUCCUACCUGUCGUUGGUUAUAUCCGCAAGUGUCUGGAGAAACUAGACACAGACAUCUCACUCAUUAGAUACUUUGUUACUGAGGUACUGGAUGUGAUUGCUCCUCCAUAUACCUCAGACUUUGUGCAGCUUUUCCUUCCAAUCUUAGAGAAUGAAAGCAUUGCAGGCACUAUUAAAACAGAAGGUGAACAUGACCCUGUCACAGAAUUCAUAGCUCAUUGCAAAUCUAACUUCAUUAUGGUGAACUAAGGAAGCGAUAAAACAAGAAUGCAGAGCACCAUGAAUACUGAGGUUAUGGACAAUCACUUCCUUGCUAUGCCCACCACCAGUAGGGUUCUCUAGUUGGAUAAUACAAUGGCAGCCAACAAGGAAGAAGUGUAGAGAUGCUUGCUGAUUCAUAUUGCACAGUAACUUUGAACUUUGUUCUGGAAGUCUUCUAUUGCAUCUUUGGGAAAUGGUCAAUCCAUACAUGGAUUAAUACUUCAGGAUAUUUUUAUUACAAAAAUCAGUUUGCCAGCCUAAGAGAAGCAUGAGAAAUAGUCAUAUUUCAAGGAAUGUUUUUUGUUACUUUCACAGCUUGUAGAAAUUUCUUCUACUGAUCCUGUGUGUGUGUGUGUGUGUGUGUGUAUGUUUAUAUAUAUACAUACACAGACACACACACACACUCUCCCUCGCCACUUUUCUAGUGACUGUAACCCUGAAUGCUGCAGGCUUUGAUCUUGUGAUUUGAUGAGCACAGUUAGUCCUGUGCUGCGGAGAACCCAGAAUGAUUUUUCUCGUCGUUGCAUUCCACAGGUGAGUGUUCUGAAUAUCCUACAAAAUUACCUUCUGAAAAACUAGGUGUGUUGUGGAACACAAACUGAGUUGUAAUAAUCAAGGCUAGUUCUGUACUGAUAAACAAAUCCUGUGUGCAAGCAGCCUUGUUCAGAAUUUUUUUUUUUAAUAGAUGUGUUAAACAUUACUGGUAAGUUUCAUUACCAUGUCACAGUUGGUACUGUAGCUAAAUUAUCUGAAUAUAUCUAAACAUUCUUGGUGUAGCUUUUUUUUAUUACUUUAGCAUUUACUAAUUUAGUGUGGAGAUGAGCUGUGGAAAUAAACCACUGAGAUUCUAAUUUAUAUUUUUAUAAACAGUACUUUGACAGAGACCUCUCUUAUGCUUUAUAUGGUUAGCCUGAUUUUUUUUAAAACAUAACUGUGUGGGGUGUUUUGUUAUUUUGCGCACAAACACAUGCAGGAAAAAAAUGGGGGAGCAGAGAAGCCAAACUUGCCAUGCUAUUUUAAGGAAUGUUGAUAUCUAUAUGCCCUAAUUUCAUCCAGAUAAAUUGCACUUGUAACUAACAAGGGGCAUAAAAUUGUUGUUUAGAGCGACAUUCAUAAAAAGAAGCCAAGCCCUCAAAGUAGCCAGAUGUGUUCAUGAGUCUCUGGUAAUGAGAUACUACAGACAUGGGUGCACUAAUAGACAAGAUAACUUGCCAUUGUUUGUGGACUCUUCUGCAGAACUGCAAGAACCUUCUUUUCUCCCAAUACAAGUGGGACUCUCUAUCAGACUGUAAUCUGUAGUAGUUGAGUAAAGGGGACAGUGCUUCCUAAAGGGGAUCGGCGUCAGUGCUGCUGCAGCAACUCUAGUUUAUUACUACCAUAACACUGGCCCAUUGCUCAAAGGUGGUGAAUCUUUUGCAUAACUAGUGCUUCCUCGUUCUUGGUACUAGAGCAUUCCAAAGUGCUUUGUCAACAUUUAAAAUACAAGGCUUCAGGCACCUCUGGGAGUAUUGUAGGUAGAAGGGACACCUAACUUUAACUCUUUGCAGUCUUCCAUAAGCUCCCUGUUUUCUGUCUCACCAAACAGAAGCUGUUUGUCUUUACUCUAAAAGCCUUUCAUACCCACCCUACUACCAUCUCUGAUUUGCUAUUGAGACAUUGACUCCUGCCUUGGAUUGACCUCCAUUGUUCUCUUAACUUUCCAAGCAAGCACUUUCAUGCGUUGUCCUCUCCUGCCCCUUGUGGUUGGGAGGGGCUUGCUGUAAACAUCAGGAUAAUGACCUUGUUAUCUUCCUUAAAACUCUCCUUUGCUGUGAUGCCUACAAAAAAUGGCUAGGCCACUGGUAUGCCAACACUAGUGCUUACCAUGCUGACCAAUACUGUUUCCUUAUUCUCACCUGUCUAUAGCCAUCUCUUGUCCUCUACUUAAAUUGUAAGCUUUUGUUCGUUUCAUACAGUGCCUAGCACAAUGCACUCCGUGACAUGACUGCCAUAUAAAUAGCUUUCAAAGUGGCUAACACUUUCCAUUAUAAAUUAUUUUCAAUAGCUUAUAACUUUACCAAAUUAUAACCAUUCAGCUUGCAGUUUUCCAUGCUGAAUGUUUUGCCCAUGUUUGGAAAAAAAAUCUUACCACUGUGUCACUGAGAAGCUCCAUGUGUUGAAGCAGGAAUUAUCCUGCUCUCAGGCAAAUGGUCUUUGCUGUUCAUGUGAAAAUCCACACAUUUGGUCUCUGAAAAUUCAGUUUGCAUAAUGUCAGUUGAGGUUUGUUAGAGGCUGGCAGCAGCGUUCAGUUAGUACUGAGUAUACGCCUUCCCUGCCUG